AAUUUGUUGAACCAGUACCCUAUUUUCUUCUUACUUGUGUUGUCUAGCUCUGUAAGUCCAAAGUUUUGAUUUUUCUUAAAAUUUGUUACUAAAACUUGUUAUUGUUUUAACUUUACUCAACUUCUUUUGAUGUUUUACCGGAUAUAGAAAGUUAACAACCCAUUUAUUCUCUAGAUAUCUACCAUUCAUCUUCUUGAAAAAGGGUGUCCAUAUCUUGGAUUUUCUUAAGCCUUUUUUGUGUUCUUGUGAUCUUUGCCAGAAAACCCAAUUUCAGGUAACUUAUUGUUAGGAUUGGUGAAAAAAAGAGGUUAGAAUAUGGUGAGUAAUGUGACUACCCCUAGGAAAUCUAUACACAGAGUGUUGGAGAGAGUUGGGGUUUAUGGGUUUGUUGGUGGUAGCAGCCAGAAGAGAUUAAAGUGUGAUUUUCAAGAUGAAGAAUAUGACACCAUGGAAAUGGUGCAGAUUGGUGCUGAAAGGACUAGAAAUGUGCUUAUUUUGAUGAGUGAUACUGGUGGUGGACAUAGGGCUUCAGCUGAGGCAAUUCGAGAUGCUUUCAAGUUAGAAUUUGGGGAUGAAUAUAGAAUUUUUGUGAAGGAUGUCUGGAAGGAAUACACUGGCUGGCCAUUGAACAACAUGGAGCAACAAUACAAGUUCAUGGUUAAACAUGUUGGCCUUUGGAGUGUUGCAUUUCAUGGCACGUCGCCUCGUUGGAUACACUCUGUCUAUCUUGCUGCUAUUGCCGCCUUCUAUGCUAAAGAGGUAGAAGCUGGCCUGAUGGAGUACAAGCCAGACAUAAUCAUUAGUGUUCAUCCUCUCAUGCAACACAUUCCUCUAUGGGUUCUUAAAUGGCAAGGCCUACAGAAAAAAGUUAUUUUCGUAACCGUCAUUACGGAUCUCAACACUUGCCACCGGACAUGGUUUCAUCCAGGAGUCAAUCGUUUGUACUGCCCCUCUGAGGAGGUAGCAAAGAGGGCAUCACUAGAUCGCUUGGAAGGAUCUCAAAUACGUGUUUUUGGGUUGCCCAUCCGGCCUUCGUUUUGCCGGGCAGUUCUUUCCAAGGAUGACCUUAGAGUAGAACUUGAGAUGGAUCCCACAUUGCCAGCGGUUUUGCUGAUGGGUGGUGGUGAAGGGAUGGGUCCUGUGAAGAAAACUGCAAAGGCUCUUGGAGAAGCACUCUUCGAUAAGGAACUUGGCAAACCUAUCGGUCAAAUGAUUGUCAUAUGUGGACGCAAUGAAGCCUUAGCAUCCACAUUACGAUCACUUGAAUGGAACAUCCCCGUUCAGAUCAAGGGAUUUCAGAAACAGAUGGAAAAGUGGAUGGGCGCUUGUGAUUGUAUUAUCACAAAGGCUGGACCUGGUACAAUUGCAGAAGCAUUAAUCAGAGGUCUUCCCAUUAUUCUGAACGACUACAUCCCCGGACAAGAGAAGGGAAAUGUUCCGUUUGUAGUUGACAAUGGAGCUGGCGUUUUCACACGACGCCCCAAGGAAACAGCUCGGAUUGUUGCAGAAUGGUUUACCACCAAAAGCGACGAACUUAAAAGGAAGUCAGAGAACGCGCUGAAACUUGCACAACCUAAUGCUGUCUUUGAUAUUGUGAAGGACAUACAUGAACUUGCAUGCCAGAGAGGUCCUCUUGCCAACAUUCCUUACAUAUUGACAUCUUCAUUUUCAAGCCUAAUUUAGCAUAAUAGAUUGAAGUUGGUUUGUUGUUAGUUGCAUAUUAUGUAGACAAGAAUAGGUUUCAAUUGAUCAGUCUCAUUCUUUGGCCACAAAGGCUUUGGUGCUAUUCUUUUAGCUAGUCAAGUUGUGAUCCUUUGUUAAAAAUAUAAGAAAAAGUGAAGGUGCAUUUUCCUUGGAGUUUAGUGUGGAAAUAGAGUAGUAUGAUUAUGGUUUUUGACUCUA